AAUUUUCAGUGUAAUCAUGACAGGAUCCUAUAGCCCGCUGUCUCGAGAAGAUCGCAUACAAAUUGAAGAACAAAUUGUAUCCUACAAAGGCGAGAUAGCUCGAUUAAAUAGACGACUCAAUGCGGACGCAAACAUAAUGCGCCUACCGGACGAAUUGUUGACAGAAAUCUUUGUGCACUACGUUUGUGCAUGGCAAACCCUCCCACCCAGGAACCGGGGCCAUGUCAUGCAACCCUUGGGCUGGCUCCAGAUAACCCACAUUUGUCACCACUGGAGGGAGAUUGCGCUGUGCUCGUCUGUUCUCUGGACGUCUAUCAGCGUCGGUAACUCGACGGAGCUCACCUCUACGCUCAUUGAAAGGUCCUCCCAGGCGGAUCUACACAUCCAGGGUUGCUUGACUUACCCCGAGCUCGACGGAUUCACGGACGGUUACCAUGAGUGGAGGCCUCUCGGUCAAGUCUCACAUCGGAUUCGUUCGCUUCGCCUCGACAUUGUUGCAGAGACGCCCCCGUUUCUGCCCGCCAACAGUGGCAUACCUCCUCUCUCGGGUUUGAAAACCCUCGUUCUUGACGUGCCUCUGUAUUUCAGAGCAGUGCAGCAACUUCCUUCCUUCCUCGUAUCGGACACCAUCUCCCUCAAUUACCUCAAGACCCACACGUUCGCAUUUACAGCUAUCCAACCUUUACUUAGCUCAUCUUUGAGAGCUCUCUCCCUGCGCCGAUUCUGUAUGUCGAGAACACCGUGGGGGACAGUUUUUGACACGCUCAGGAACCUCACCAACCUCGAGCAAUUGGACUUGGAAGAUAGUUUCAUGCCGCUGCCGACAAAUUUCACAGAGCUUCCCUUCAUCGCGGGUCGAGUCGUCACGCUUCCGUCCCUGCGAUCUCUGUCCCUGUCGGCCGAAGUGGCAGCCCCGGCCGGUCUGGUGUUACGCCAGCUGCGUUUUCCCGGACAAGCCACACUAACGAUCAAGUAUGGAGACCAGUUCCAGGAAGACGGGCCUACCGUAGAAUUUGACGAGAGCCAAGAUUUGGCGUGUCUUGCAAUUGCAACAUCUCUCAGACUAUCGGGAGAGACAGCCACAUCACCUCCGCCCCCUAUCCUUGCUCUUCGCCUAGACAGCGGCGGGCAGAUGAAACACCUGCACCUCAACGGCAUACCUCGCAUUGUAGGAUGGCCACAUACCAUACCAUUAGAUCGCCCGAUAUCCGCUCACACAACGAACCCGAUCCUUUCCAUAGAAGCGGGAUAUCGUUUUCCAGAUCUCUUGUCUCAGUUAUGCAUAACACCACCUCUCCGUCAAGUGCAGUCGCUCGACAUCACCAGCUGCCAUGUCUUGACGAGCUUCUCAGACGCAUUGCAAAAAGCAUUUGCCCAUCUCCCUUUCUUAUCGACAAUUCGGGUGGCGGACAACUCUGUCCUCCCGCUGCUCAUAGCAAUGCUGCCAGGCGAACACAACGGGGAUGGCUCCCCCAUUCCUUUCCCGGCCCUGAAGACGCUCUAUAUCCGCGACUUCCUGUUCCUCUUACCCGACGGCUGGGACGGAGAAUCCGACGAAAACGUUUGUGCGCUCGAUCUGAUGCUCAGCCAGCGCGCGCUGCGAGGGCGCCGCCUCGACCAGUUGUUUAUAACAGAGUGCAGCCGCGUUCUUCCAGAAGAUAUCAGGAGGCUUGAGGUGCAUGUUGGGCUAUUGACUUGGGAUGGAGUUUCCUACCCGUCUGAUGUGUGGUAGAACAACCAGAAAUGCUGGAAAGUAUGUUGAGACCCUGAACCUUUAAUUGAGGGCUGUAUCCUAAUCACCCUUCUUCACGCUCGAGCGGGACACCUUUUGAAUUUGGUGUACAUAUCGACCCCUAGCAACGGGCCGUGUACGCAGGUGGUGACCUCGGUCGCUGGCGACGGGUCACCAGCGAGGUGACCAGGGCCAAGUGGCACCCCGGCGUAUACUCUAUAUACACGUUCGGAGCAUACAAUUUUCAGUCGGCUACGGAACUGACACUACAAGUUCAUAAGCCACUCGCUUGUAUAUAUAACUCUAUCCUUUGGUAUAUAACGUUAACCAUAGAUCUCCCACCUAUUAUAUGAUGGAGCACUGUCUCAGCGUUUUAGCGCCUCCGAGUCUGUUGGUGGCAAGCUUCCUCGUCCGCUCUUCUAUGUGCUCAUCUCCUGCGUAACCAGCCGCACAAAAACAGCCAUGAACUGUCAAAGUACAAUAAAAGGAUGU